AUGUGCAAACACACAAACCCCACUCUUGUCGACCUACCUGUAGAGAUCGUCAGUCGCGAUGAAUCUUCAAACGCUAGUGUGCCAGAGGUCAUAACCCAUGAAGUACGAUUUGGCAUCCCUCUGCAGGACCAAAGACGUAUCUGGAUACUCGAGAAUUUAUUGAAUGAGAGCGUUCAUUCGGUCCUCGACAUCGGAUGCGGCGAAGGCGAUCUCAUGAGUUGUCUCUGCAACCCCGCGCCAUACCUCCCCAACCCACCUGCGCCACCUGUCCCUCCUCCGUCCUCUUCACCGCGACCGUCAACUCUCACGCACGAAGCUGAACCUGAACCAGAGAAAUUCAUCCAUAUCCACAAGCUACAAGGUCUCGAUAUAUCCCAUGAAUGCCUCGAAUGGACGAUCCGAUCCACCGCGCCACCUCCGCCCAGCCUCCCUGCCUCCCCAUCUCCUUCACCGUUCAUUCACCUCUCUCCGGACAAGGACCUGGAAGCAUCGCCAGAGCAGAAUCAUGUCGGUGCGCCCUCGGAGCAUACUCACAGUUCACCUUCUCCCCACGAGGACAAUGAACCAAAGCGAAGGAGAAAGCGGAGAAAGGAACGGGACUGGUCCUGGCGACCUCGCUGGGAAGAACUCGAAGUGAAGAUCUGGGAAGGCGGCCUGCAGACCUCGAACGAAGAAUUCGUCGGUGUGGAAUGUAUCGUCGCGACAGAAGUUAUCGAACACCUCCCACCGUCCAUCUUCCCCGCAUUCGCACCCGUGCUCCUAGGAAAAUAUCAUCCCCGCAUCUUACUCAUGACAACCCCCAACUACUCCUUCAACGAACUCUUUCGUCCUCCUCUUCCUCCUCUUCCUUCCCCUUCCCCUUCCCUGCCUUCCACCACCGGCGCCGGCGCCGGCGACACGUGGGGUUAUGCCGACCCGACCGACCGCACCACACGCCGAUUCCGCCACGACGACCAUAAAUUCGAGUGGACGCCGCGUGAGUGUCGGGAGUGGGCUGUUGCCGUGGGUGCGGAAUGGGGGUAUGAAGUCAGUGUGGGCGGGGUUGGGAGGGCGAAUGAGAGGGAUCCGUGGGGGAGGGAUUUGCGUGCGUCUGCGGAUGGGGAGGGAAAGGGGGAGGAGGAUGGGGAUAAGGUUUGGGGGACGCAGGUCGUGAGAUUUAGGAGGAUGGAUGGGGAGGUGAGUGGCGAUGAAGGCAGUGAAAAGGGUUGGGAGAGGAAGAGGGAGGAGAGGUAUGAGCGAUGGAAAAUGUGCAACAAGGCAAGGACGGAAGUCGAACCGGAUAUGAAAGAACAUGAACUACUCGCGACACAUCAUUACGCCAAACAUUCCCGCGCGGGCAAGCCUUCCUCCUUAGCAGAAGUGGCAGGUAUAGUUCGAGAAUAUAUGAGGGAAGCGGGUAUGAAGGAGAUGUCAAUGCAUUCUCUGUGGAUGGAAGAGGAAGUUGCAGAGGCGUGCGGCGGUUGGAUUGAGGUAUUGAUAUAUGCCGUUCAUGAAAGCAGGGAGGUCUUCGAGGUUCGGAAGGGUGGAGACGAUGACAAAAGGGUGAAUCGUAGAGAAGACGUGGACAGAGGAAGGGUCGUGAGGAGGGAGGAUUGGGUCGUUAUUUUGCUUGAGGAUCUGCCAAUUAUGGACGAGGUAGAUAGGCAGAAAGAGGAUGAGUCAGAAGCAGAGACAUCGGACGAGGACGAGGAUGAAGAUGAGAGACAGUACGGCAGAGAGUAUUCUAGUAGUGAUGUGGUCUGGGGAGGAGAGGACUCGGAAGAGACAACCGUGGUCGGUGACGCCACUGUGGACAGUGUAUGGGGGUGGGGUACGAGUGAAGGUGGAUGGGGCGGCGAAGGUGGCGGGUGGGGUGACACGAAGGAAUGGGGAAAUGCGGAAGCAUGGAGUUCGGUCGAACCACUGCAGGAGAAUCGUAGCUAG